CUACAUAAACCACGACUAUAAUAUAAACGUACAUAGUUUUGACUUUUAUUCAAGGUCUAUCAAUCGACACUCGACAGUGUCAUUAUAGACCAGCGUUUGUUCUUACUUCUAUGUUUAAAGUUUAAACCAUAGAUAUAAAUAUAUAAUAUUAUAUUAUAAGUGUAUGGUUUAAAAUACGGUCUUAUAUUAUGGUUAUCAUGAAACUAAAAUGAUAACUUUUAUCAGAUACGAUUCAGUCGGUGUGAUAAGAAAAUUAUCAACGAAUUACAUGUGUUUUAAAAAGUUAAAAUUUAAAUCAACAAUUUACUAUAUUUAAUAUUGUAGUAUACUAGUAUUCAAUCAUUUAGUAUUUUAGUGACUAAUUUAGUGUAAUGGUUGUCAACAAUAAUUAUAUGUUAUAUUGAAAGAUUUGUACGUACAGUACGUCUUUUUAUUCCGUUUUAGUGUUAUUUAAAUAACACUCAUGGCCGAAGGCAAAGAAAACAAAGACCAAACAACCCCACAGUCCGCAGAUAACUAUGACGGAUGGGGAUUUGAUUUAUUCCCCGAGAGAAGAGGUACCUAUAAACCAAAAUUAAAAAAUAUUUUGUUUCAAGGACGUGGAAAUGAAAACUUGGAAAGAGUCAAGUGCGAAAGAAAAGUGGCUUACUGUUUAAACAAAAGUCCUUUGGUAAAGAUCAUGAUGGGUGCAUUGCGCAGAUCUGGUUGCGAAGUCAACCCAUCUCGUCAUAUUGCAUGUGAACUAUGUGAUACGAGCGUCCAUGGGGGAUAUGAUCCAAUUAUGAAUCAAGUUGUUAUAUGUCAAAACACAGCUACAUCAAAGGGUACCGUACAGGGAGUGCUCACACAUGAGCUCAUACACAUGUUUGACAAUUGUACACGUAAAUUAGACUUUCGGAAUAUUGAGCAUUUAGCUUGUACAGAAAUCAGAGCAGCAAAUUUGACUCAUUGUGGACUUGUAUCGUCUAUUCUCGAAGGGCAUUCAUCAAUAUUUAAUUUUAGAAAAAAACAUCAAGACUGUGUAAAACAUAAAGCCACUAUUUCUGUGUUGGCCGUUAGAGAUGUCACCUAUGAACAAGCAAAAGAAGCAGUCGAGAAAGUAUUUGACCGUUGUUAUGCAGAUUUAGAACCUAUCGGGAGAAGAAUUAGAGGAAAAGCAGUUGAUUUCGAACUUGCAUAUGCUGAAGCUUUUUUAAUGGGCUAUGAUUAAUAGUUAUUUAUUUAUGUCAUUAUGUAGAAUAAAAAACAAUAUUAGGUGUACAAAAAAA